AUGAAUCUGUUUCGCCUCGUUGCCGACUUGAUGCAUUUGGCGUCCAUUAUCAUAUUACUGUUGAAGAUAAGGCAGUCGCGUUCCUGCGUGGGCAUUUCGUUCAAAUCCCAAUUGCUUUAUUCUAUCGUCUUUUUGACGCGUUAUCUGGACCUUUUCUUCAAGUUCCAUUCACUUUACAACACGUGCAUGAAGAUCUUUUUUAUUUCAUCCUCUCUUUAUAUCCUUUAUCUCAUGAAGUUCAAGUACAAGGCGACCUACGAUGCCAACCUGGACACUUUUCGAAUCGAAUAUCUUUUGGGUGGAUCAGCUGUGAUGGCACUCGUGUUGCCCUAUGAGUAUAGUGUAGUCGAGGUUUUGUGGUCCUUCUCCAUCUGGCUGGAAUCGGUGGCCAUUCUACCCCAGCUCUUUAUGCUACAAAGAACCGGUGAAGCUGAAACGAUUACUACUCAUUACCUUUUCGCCUUGGGUGCUUAUCGUGGCUUGUAUCUGUUGAAUUGGGUGUAUCGAUACAUCACCGAGGAUUAUACAGAUUGGAUUGCUUGGGUUGCUGGUCUCUUACAAACGGCUCUGUACAGCGAUUUCUUUUAUAUUUACUAUACCAGGGUACUCAAGGGUAGAAAGUUUGAGCUACCAAAGUAA